CUGUCAGACUACGGACAUGCAGAAGAAAAGAUACCUGCUCCAGGUGUUCACCAAGCCCAUCUUCUCAUUCCCUCUAAACAGAUACCUGCUCCAGGCGUUCACCCAGCCCAUCUUCUCAUUCCCUCUAAACAGAUACCUGCUCCAGGUGUUCACCCAGCCCAUCUUCUCAUUCCCUCUAAACAGAUACCUGCUCCAGCCGUUCACCAAGCCCAUCUUCUCAUUCCCUCUAAACAGAUACCUGCUCCAGGUGUUCACCAAGCCCAUCUUCUCAGAGGACACCUUCUUCCUGGAGCUAAUCGAGAGGAGAGGUGCGUCAGGGUUCGGAGAGGGGAACAUCAAAGCUCUGUGGAGGUCUGUCCAGGCAUACAUGGACACAGAGAGGGCAGAGACUGAGGCACAAGGAGAGAACACGACUCCCAGAACAUAACCCCAGAACCCGAAGCACUGCCACAGCGCCUAACAUUUUACAGCGAACACUGCAGCGAACUCCUUCCUCCGCUACUCUUUCGUCUGUGUGAGGCUGAAAUACACUGAGUUUC